GAGAGAGAGAGAGAGAAGCCCAAUUAAAGAAAAUGAAGGAAACAGUAGUGAUAGUUGCAGGAGCUGGCCCUUCUGGAAUCUCCGUUUCUGCAUGUUUAAACCUGCAAUCCAUCCCUCACAUACUCCUCGAAAGAGAAGACAUUUACUGUCCCAUUUGGACCAAGAAAUCCUACGAUCGUCUCCACCUUCACUUAGCCAAGCAAUUCUGUGAGCUUCCACACAUGCCAUUCCCUAAUUCAUACCCAACUUAUGUACCCAGAAAGCUAUUUGUCCAAUACUUAGACGAUUAUGUAACCCAAUUCAAGGUGAACCCGGUUUACAACCGGUCCAUCGAAUCAGCGACGUACGACAAGGCUGCCGGAAAAUGGCUCAUCAAGGCCAAAAACAUAAAGAUGGAUGAGGUGGAAGAGUACAGCUCAAGAUUUCUAGUGGUGGCCACCGGCGAGACCACCGACCCGUUUAUACCGGAGAUCAAUGGUAUAGAGAGCUUCACAGGGGAGUUUUUGCACUCCACAAAAUACAAGACUGGGGCACCUUUUGCCAACAAGAGUGUGUUGGUUGUUGGGUGUGGUAAUUCUGGAAUGGAGAUUGCUUAUGAUCUAUCAAACUUUGGAGCUAAGACCUCCAUUAUUAUUCGAAAUCCGCUUCACGUUAUUACACGGUGGAUGAUGUAUGUGGAGUUGGAGUUGUUCAAGUAUUUGCCCUAUGACUUGGUGGAUGGAUUGGUUCUCUUGCUUAGCAAAUUGUGGUAUGGAGACAUGAGUAAGAAUGGGAUAAAGAGGCCGGAAGAAGGUCCUUUCGCCAUGAAAGAUAAGUAUGGCAAGUAUCCAAUCGUCGAUGUCGGCACCGUCGCCAAGAUUAAGUCCGGCGAGAUUCAGGUUCUGCCGGGAAUAUCAAGCAUAAAAGAUGAUGAGGUAAUCUUCACAAAUGGCAAGUCCUAUCUGUUUGAUGUGAUUUUGUUCGCUACUGGAUUUCAAAGAAUAACAAAAAAAUGGCUCAAGGAUGAUGAUGACCUUCUCGAUCAGGAUGGGAUUCCGAAACAAAGUUAUCCUAACCAUUGGAAGGGAAAGAAUGGUUUGUAUUGUGCAGGGCUUGCAAGGAAAGGAUUGUAUGGAGCUGCGAUGGAUGCUCAAAAAAUAACUAUUGACAUCAAGAAACUAUUGUGAAGACCAUCAAUUGCAAUGGAGACUUUAUUAAA